AUGGAGAAGAGAAGGCUCCUGGGUGGCGUGGCGCUCCUGCUCCCCCAGGCGCUGCCCAGCCCCCUGUCAGCCAGGGCUGAACCCCCGCAGGAUAAGGAAACCUGCGUGGGUCCCAACAAUCAAAGCUGCAUCUGUGACACAGGACACUGCUGUGGACGGUCUCAGUGCUGCAGCUACUGCUAUGAACUCUGGUGGUUCUGGCUCGUGCGGACCAUCGUCAUCCUGCUGAGCUGCUGCUGCGUGUGCCACCUCCGCCGAGCCAAGCACCGCCGUCAGGCCCAGCAGCGGCAACAUCAAAUCCACCCGAUCGCCUACCGGGAAGCCCACAAUUACUCAGCGCUGCCAUUUCAUUUCAGGUUUUUGCCAAACUCUUUACUACCUCCUUAUGAGGAAGUGGUGAACCGACCUCCGACUCCUGCCCCACCAUACAGUGCCUUCCAGCUCCAGCAGCAGCUGCCUGCACAGUGUGGCCUUACAGGCGAGCCCCCGGGCGCCGACCCCACCAGGGGCUCCCAGGGGGCUCAGAGCAGCCCCUCGUCCGGGCCCAGCAGAAGCAGCACGCGACCCCCGAGCAUCGCUGACCCUGAGCCCUCCAACAUGCCAGCAGACCCAGCAGCAGCCACCAAAGCCCCCAGGAUGGAGCCCAGCGGCUCUGUGGCCGGCCUGGGGGAGGUGGACCCUGGGGCCUUCCUGGACAAGGAUUCCGAACGUAAGGAGGAGCUGCUGAAAGAGUACAGCUCCGAGCAGGGCGGCGCCCUCCCUGACAGCAAAGACAAGACGCCCGGCAGACGUCGCCGCUUCACAGGUGACUCGGGCAUCGAGGUGUGUGUGUGUAACCGGGGCCACCAUGAUGACGACCUCAAGGAGUUCAGCGCGCUCAGCGACGAUGCUCUGGACGGGCCCCUGGACUUCUGCGACAGCUGCCACGUGCGGCCCCCUGGCGACGAGGAGGAAGGGCUCUGCCAGCCCUCCGAGGAGCAGGCCCGGGAGCCCGGGCACCCUCACCUGCCGCGGCUGCCUGCCUGCCUGCUGCUGAACACCAUCAACGAGCAGGACUCCCCAAACUCCCGGAGCAGCAGCUCCCCGAGCUAGAGCAGGCCCUGCCUGCGCCCGAGAACUUGGCGACGCA